AGUCAGAACUCCGUCGAGUCCCGCCUGAGUCGCAAGUCGUGAGCAAUUAGUCAGCAACAGUAGCUUGUGCAGUGAAGUCAAUUCGACUUUGGGGUUUCUCCUCCAAGUUGUGAUCGUUUAAUCGUGCUUGCUGAGGGAAAUUUUUCCACGCAGUCCCAUUCGCGGAAAUUUCUGUAAUUUCUAAAAUUUCCUAAAUUGUCCCAUUUUGGUGAUAAUUUAGAACGAGUGUUCGUGAGGAUAUUUUGUACUCCAAAGAGGAGAGAAAAGAAAGGAAAAGCCCGCGCAAUUAAACCGCCUAAAACCAGAGAACUGUAGGCGCGUGUUUGUAUUUUUUUUUCUGUACAUCAAAUGUGAGAUGAGGUUCAUCGGAGAUACUAUUUAGUAAACUUUUCAGGAUGUUUAGUAAAUAAAUUGUCGCAAAGUGGCAGUUUAAAAUUAUAUUGUGGAGCGCCGAAGAAAGUGAAUGUGAGGAGUAAUUGUUUGUUGUGUGUUAUUUUAAAACAUAUUAAUUUUCCACCAUCGAAUGAGUGAUUGCUCCUCUUCUCCAGCACAUUAUCACUAAACGGAGUUCAGUGCUAAUGAACAAAAUAAAUUGAUAUUGGAUGUUCAGUGUGGUUUGUUGAGAAAUCCCUGAAUUUUGGGAAGAAAAUAAGGAAAAAUUUGCAAAAGAUGAGUGUUUCAUUUGAUUUCUCGACUAAUUUGAUGUCCUCGGGGGCUGACAUACUUCCACUGGAUGGAUCAAUUCCAUCUUAUCAGGAAAAAUGGUCAUUGAAUAUUCUUCCUGUUCCCAAACUAAAGCCUGAGAAUUUAUCAAGCAUCGCCCAUAUAGUUCCACCGUAUGAACCAGUCAAAGUCCCUUCUCCAAUACCCACAGUCAUUCAAAAGCUUCAUGAUGUUGAGCAUUCAACGAGGAAUCAUGCCAAAAAUGAGGAAGUAUCGUCUAAUUUGCAACCUGAAGAAGCUCCUGUGACUAUUAGUUCUGCUUCAACAACAACGACAUCCAUUGCUACAACGGAAAAUAAUAACGACCCAAAACCACCCUAUAGCUAUGUAGCUUUAAUAGCAAUGGCCAUACAGGGAAGUCCAGGAAAGAGGGCAACCUUGAGUGAUAUUUACAAAUAUAUCAUGAACAGCUUUCCAUAUUACAAGAAGGAGAAAAAAAAGGGUUGGCAAAAUUCAAUUCGACACAAUUUGAGUCUCAAUGAGUGCUUCAUUAAGGUCCCCCGUGAGGGUGGAGCCGAGCGGAAGGGUAACUGGUGGACCAUGGAUAGGGAUUGUGAGGAAAUGUUUGAGAAGGGAAACUACAGGAGACGCCGCAGAAUGAAACGACCCUACCGCAAUAAUGGACCUGCCUAUCAAAAAUUCUACAAUCCUGGCCCGUAUUCUGGUAAUCUGAGUGGUCGAGCGAUUUUUCCACAAACUCCAUAUCCUACUUUCCCACACUACGACGCCACAGGUGGUCCCUGCACGACUUGGAUGCCAUCAUCCCAGUUACCCAACUAUCCCACAUGUGGGGGUCGUACGAGCUAUCCGUAUGGGCAGGUACCACCCUUGGGUACAGCCACAUGGACAACGCAUUCUCAGAUCCCCCUGAAGAAUGCCCCCCAAAAGGGUGACUUCUUCGUGGAUUUUCCACUACAGCAGCCAGUUCAAUCCGUCGGCAUUAAUUCCUACAGUCCUCUUACCAAUAAUAUUGUUUCUGGAAGUUCAUCCCCAACAUCAUGUGUCCGUAGGCAUUUCGAUACAACCCCCUAUCCCUACUGGACGGAUACGACGACUGCUCACCCACAUGCGAUAAAAGAGGAGUGCAUUAGUCCGGUAAGCCAGAUGAACGUGACUUCCACCGAGCAAACUUAUCAGAAGAACUAUUUGGGCUGCGAUUCUUACUCGUCAAAGACACACCAAGAUUGAACAGAUAUGAGGUGUCGGAGUGUACAUAGUGGUGCCUCACUACGCGCUAAUCUAUAUUAAUUUACUUGAAAAUUGUUAUUUUUCUCAAUUUUGCAUAAAGACGAUUUGUCCCGUAUAUUGAGAGAUUGAGAGAAUUGUUUAGAAAAUCCCAAAACUCUCAAUUCACAGAGAUUGUAAUUGAAUUGAUUUGCAUGAAGUUCACCAGUAAAAAUUUAUGUCUAAAAUUUUGAUUCUACGUGAUGUGAAUUGAAAGGUCUCAGUGUCUUUCCAGCGACGUUUCAUUAAAGUUUUUUUUGUUAAAAUAAUUAAAAAUUAUUUUAAAAAAUUUUAUUCAUUAAUCUCGCGUUAAAAUUUUAUUAGAAUCUUCACUUCUUGAAAAUAGUUUCAGGAUAAACUGUGCUUCUUUGAAGAAAGAAAGAAACAGCUAAAAGGAAUUAAGAUUGCCUAAAGAAUUAGGGCCAAUAAGGAAGAAUUCUUGGUUAAAAAUCAAUAAUUUUCUCAUGAAAAAAUCUAGCAAAAGUUAUAAGAAUAAACAUAAACUACUGGUGAUUCCUUCGUCAAUCAAAUUAAAAUUCUUUUAGAAAAAAUAAUCUUAAUUAAUGAAACUCUUCCAAAUUAUUUUUAAAUUGCUCCAUCUUGUCCAUUUAAUUAGUUUAAAAUACAGUUUCGUGCAAAAAAUGUCUCAUCAAAUGAAACGUGAUUUCUGUGAUAGGAAAAAAAAUGUUAUUUUUAGGAAUUUAAUUUGUGCGUGAAUUUUAUGAAUUUAUCUCCGGAAGAUGUGAGCACACCUGUUUUCACUCUUGUACCAUCGUUUAUAAAAACCCUUCAAUCUUUCCGUCCAGAAUUAAUAUAUUUCUUAAAACAUCCCCUUUGUGUGUGUGUGCAGAAAUAAGAAGAAAAAGCACAAAAAAUUCGUUUAGACGAGCUUAGCAUCGUAUUUUACUUAAUUUUGUUACAAAUUUAAUAUAUCGACUAUCAAUGGUGAUGUAUAAGAUGAGAAAAAUGUGUAUAAAUAAAGAAAAUUGAGACGAAA